UAAAAAUUUUUUGUUUUUACUCACAUGACCAAAAAUCCGUUUGUGUGAUAAAAAACCAAAAGUUAUCUUCAAUCUGAAGAAGUUCGAACUAAAUAAUUAUAUUAUUGCGGUGUUUUAGAAAUUAAGUUUUAAUGGAUAUGAUAGAUCUUAAUUUAGAAAACGGAUUCAAAACCUACGAUGAUAUAUAAAACAUGAUAAAUAUCCCACAUAUUUGCCAAUUUUCUUCCCUAACGAUAUAUAAUUCUUCAGCAGUGGAUACAUUUUUAUCGUUCCUAAUUGCGGUUUUCGGUGUUUCCUGUUUCGAUAUCAUUACCAACUUGAGAGAAUAUUUCUCAGUGCAGUUUUCUCGAUGUCAAAGUAUGCCCGGACGAUUUGAUAGCAGAGAAAGACUUCAUGGAAGCUCAAACUUUGAUAGUAGAAGAAGAUGGUUCACUAGGUUCGACAGAUGAUCAAAAUGUCAAUGAUUUGUCCACAGCAGAUGCUCUUUUAGACACCGCUGGGGAAGAUGACGUUGAUUUACAAUAUCAGUUUCGAUCAAAUGAAGGAGUAACCUACAGAGUAGUUCAGGUCAGCGGUGCUCUAAGUACUGAUAACGAGUCAACGUUACCGCAUACUAUUAUUUCCGCUACACCUUCGUUGUCCAGUCCGCAACAGAUACAAACUGUUUUCACUAACCCUUUAAAUGGUCAACUAUAUGUUAUUGGUUCGACCGAUGACGUGUAUCCUAAGACAAAUAAUCACAAACCUAUCGCACCACGAACGAGUUCUGUCAUAGAAAGUAUAAGAAAUCCGGGUAUUUCGAGAGACGAUAGAAGAAGAGCUACUCAUAAUGAAGUUGAAAGACGCAGAAGAGAUAAAAUAAAUAACUGGAUAAUGAAAUUAAGUAAAAUUGUUCCCGAAUGUCAUUCUGAUACGUCGAAAGGAUAUGACGUUCAACAAAGCAAAGGUGGAAUAUUAGCGAAAGCUUGCGAUUACAUUACGGAAUUGAGGGAAUCGAAUCAAAGACUUAUGAACGUUCUCAAAGAGAACGAACAGGUUACUGCUGAACUGGUCAAACUAAAAUCCAUAAAUGAAGCUUUAUCAAAUGAAAAUGACGAAUUAAGAAGUGUUUUGAAACAGAAUGGUUUAAUAACGAGGUAUCACAAAUAGGGUGUAAGUUGAUCACCACGAUUCAAUAGGUUUGUUCAAUUAUUAAAAACAGUACCGGAGUUGGAUUUGACCAAUUUUUUAUUUCGUGUAUCCUUUGCUGAUUGUUUAUACGAUGAGCAUUUUGCAUCAUGUUGUUAAUAGGAAUAAAACAAAUGUUAUCGUAUAUUUUGAAAAAUUUUAUCAACUAGUUGUGUUAUUGUAUUAAAUGUCUCCUUGCUUACCAUUAUUUUGAUAGUUAAAUUUAAGGUAUGAAAUGAUUAACUGGCAUGCAUUCGUUUUAAAAUGUUGAUAAUUAUCGGUAGAUAUUUAACGUAUGUAUGUUCAGAUUCGGCGAUAGUUGCCUUAAUUUUUCGUUUAUUUGUCAUAAAUUUUGAAAAAUUUCGUUGCAAGGAAAUUGUAUUUAUUUCAAUUAUUUAUUCGAGUUUUGGAUGGUUUUUGAAAAUUAAAUCGCCUUUGUAACUAGAAUGUUGAACACUAGAACAAGCCGAGAUCAGCUUUUGAGUGUGGAAUUCAUCCCAUCUUUUUAAAAUUUCAAUUCGACAUACUACGUAAAGGCCUAAAUGGGAGGUUCCCUUGACAUAAAAUUACCUAAUUGAAUUUUUAAUUUAGUGUUCAAUCUGCGCCUAAAACUAUGUAGAAAAUGGUGCGAUGAUAGUUUUUUCCAAAUUAGGGAUGAGAUCGAUUUCAAAUACUUUAUUGAAAGGAUUGGACAGAAUUUAUGGUAAGUGAUUUCUCAACGUUUAAAAUUUUUUGAUUAAAAUUUUGAUUACGUUGAUUUGAAGGAUCGAAAAAUGAAAGAAAAUUUAAGAAACUGGUACUGCGUUUGAACAUAUUUACGUGAAAACAUGUACUGAUAUUUUGAUUUUGUUGUAAAUAAUGUGUUUUUUUUUGCUGUACUUAUUUUAUUAAAUUAUUCAUGAUUUGAAGAGAUACUAUAUUUUUGUUUCGUGAUCCUGUUUGUCGAAUACAUUGUGUAUACACUGAUUUUAUAUCCCUGAAAAAUUCAAUACAUUUAUGUUUGAGUAGCGGAA